AUGCCUUAUGGUGACCACCGAGUAGUUAGGGCGUUUGACCUCAUUUCAUGCUUUCAAGGUGAGCUUAGAUGGGGUCCCAUUGUGGUCACACAUCGACCGGAGAGGGUGGUGCGACAAUUUGGCUACGUUCAGACCAUUCCUCCACCGCCUAUUGGUCCCACCUUGUCAUUUGAGGAUAUGGACGACAGGUGGAUGCAUUACUUAGACCAUCUAGCAGCUGUAGGACAGAUUUGUGUUGAGCAUGACCAAUGUGCAACAGAUUACAUGGAUUGGUUCUUCGGGAUAUCUCAUCCAUUCAUCACACCCACACAGGCAGUUGAUCCGCCCAAACAUCCACCUAUCCCACAACAUGAGACAUAG